UGAAAUGGAAGAAUAAAAAUGUCGAAAACGCAGGACAACGUUUUCCUCUCGCGAUGUCGCGUUCUCGAGAAAAUUCAUCUGUAAGAUGAGAGAAUUUUAUCACUCACUAUUAUUAUCGAUGUAUAUAACACCGAUGCAACGUGACGUGCGAUGCAGCUAACGGAGGAACGACUCGCUAAUUCUUUCUUGGUCGCGCGCUCGAAGUUUUACCAAGCGACAAACGUAUGGCGAGCCACGCACCAAAGUCCAGACAGGAUACGAAGGAUUGAGCCUCGUUAGUCCCCAAUCGCCGAAUCGGAGUCGACUAUUUUGGCGUGCGCCCGUGACUCUCGUGUCAUUUUGGCCGGUCGACGCGACUUCCAACCGGUCGAUGCUUAGAUCUUCUCGCGCGCGUUCGCGACCGACGCUCAAAAUUGACGAAGGAAUUGACUUAUUGAUUGACUGACACCAAUAGGUCGAAAACGUAUAUUCGUCAAUUCUGCAUUGUCGACUCGGUUUGAGAAUCGCGUCUUCUCGUUGGGAAAGUUGUGCUUGCAAAUAGACUCGCUCUUUUGCGACCGUUAGACUCUCCCUCGCUGAAUCCCAUUCCAGUCGUCGUAACAAGGGCAAGGGUGCGUAAAAGGAACGCGGAUGACGAUCGAGGGGGUGAAGGAAGGAAGGCGGGAGGGGAGUUUGACGGUGGUUGCGCGUCCACGGCAGUCUGGCCAGUCGAUUACGGUGCCGAAACGAGCGCCGGGGUAUCUCUCCAACCAGUUUCGGACAGUGUCUUCGCUCGUGGCUAUAAAGAGAAGGACGGCGAGCAUGCGGAUUCGCGAGGGAAGAAGCAUGCCUAUGCGACGGAGAAAGCGAGAGCCGGAGGAGAACGGCCGCGCGAUCGCGAGGAAGGGAAGGGUGCUGCUCGCUUCUCGCGCGAUGGAGGAGGACGGAGAGUGAAAAGAGCGGUGGAGGGAAGUACGAUUAUUCGCGAAGGAGGAGAAGAGAGGCACGGAGGGCGGUCAGGAGGAAGGAAAAGAAAGCGUGAUGAAGGGGGAAGCGGAGGGUGGACCGAGGGAUAACGAAGGAAGCGUGUCUGGAGGCGAAAGACGCGAGGAGGAGGAAGAGGAGGACGCGAGCGCGGAAGAGCCGAGAAAUGAGGGAAACGCCGAGGAAAAUAUGUUGGACAAUAAAGAGGGGCAGAUAAGUAGCGAGAUACGGGCAAGAAACGAGACGGAGAUGAGUAAGAUGCCGAGCACAGGAAUAUGUCUGAAUGGGAGGGGGUGGUGGUCGGGUAGGAGGAGAGGAAGAGAUAGUCUUUGCCAUCUGCCCCUUCCUCCGCGAGUGAAAUAUGUGCGAAAGAAAAACCUAAGAAGGAGACUCGACUGACCGAGCUAGAAAAUCCGCGACGACUCUAUGAUCGGCGGCUGGAUCGGAUGAAGCGAAGACACCGGAGGAACUUGACCAACGUCGUGGAGGAACGAGAACAGCGUCAUGGCGAGGAAGACGAAUACUAUCUAGAAGAAGAAGAUGACGACGACGACGACGACGAAGAUGACGAAGAAGAAGGAGAAGAGCCAGUGGAGGCGGUCGCCGAGUUUGAGUUUCGGUUUCGUUCGUCUCGCGCCUGCUCUACGCCAAACGGGAGCCGAGAGUGAACCUGUUCAGCUGCGAGGAAGAUGGAGAGAGAGAAAGAGAGAGAAAGAGGGAGAGAGUGGCAACGACAGAGAUCGACAGUAUGACCCGACGGCGAGUGCGUCAGCGGGGAGAACGACGGAGAGAGACAGCGUCGCUCGUGCGAGAGUCGGACAGAGCGGGACAGAGGCAGCGGGAAAGAAGGAGGAAGAGAGAAAGAGCGAUCCGUGUUGAACGGAGAGAGAGAGAGAGAGAGAGGGACGGGUGGGAGGAAGAGAGAGAACGGCAGAGAGAUCGACGCGGGAACGUGAUAGAGUAGGCGCGAGCAAGACGGAGCGAGAUAGCGAGCGCGAAGAGCGGGGGGUAGAGCGAGAGCAAGAGAGGAGGAGAACAGACUUGAGGCGCUCUGCUCCCAAUAACGACUCUCGCCCUCGGUCAGUCGCGCGCGAACCGCGGAGCCGCGAACAUCUCUCCGUCUCUCUCGUAUCGCCAAGGGGGAGACUCCGGUGUUUCUCGCGCUCGCUUCGGCCUGCCAAUCGCGCGCCCGUCAUCCGGGCACGUGCGACAGGGAGAAGAAAGGAAAGAAGGACAAGCGAGGGUGAGAAUAAACGCGAACCGAUGCGAGCGAAGGGAGUCGGGUCGGUCCGGGAAGGUGGUGCGCCUUGAUGAUCGUGGAGAGGCCCCCGCUUGCGAAAGGGUCGCGCAAAGUGCAUUCGCGACAUCCCUCCGUCGUCCUGCGCGCACAGAAGUCGUACAGAGACGCGGUGAAAAUAGCGUUGCUGGAGGACCGCGAGGUCGUCCGGAGAAAUAGCGUUCGCGAAUCGAAAAGCGCGUCGGAGAAGAGCGGCUCAGUCAAUCAAUCGGUCAGUUAGUCGUUUGAUCGGUCGGUCCAAUCGAUUUCUCGCGAAGUUGUCGCGGUAAACCGAUCCGACGAGGAAGAUCCGCGGGCUUUGGAUUAGUCGACGCGAGAGAACUGGCGCAUAGGGAUAAUCGUUCUCCAAGGAGAAUUGCUCGCGUUAAGGGCAACGACAAGGGGGUAGUUUGCGUCUUUUAAACGCAGUGAUCAGAUCGGAGCAAAAAAGAAAGACAGAAAGAGAGGGAGAGGACGACGGACUUUGGGGGAACAUCUAUUUUAUCGAUCCGCUCCAGGAAAAAGUGAGUCGUCGCUUUUUCGCUCGCGGACGCGGAGGAUAACGCGCGUGAUCCGCCGCGGAGUGCAAAUUCCCUGCGAUCAUUCCCCGACCGUGACUUUCACGCUAAUAGCUGGGGAGCAACGCUUGGGAUAGAUUCACGCGUCGCCGCUCAUCCGGACGGGUCAGCCCGUGAGAUUCUGGCAGUGACAGAAACGUCCAAAAUCUCACCAGUGGCGAUCGGUCAUUGAAUCAGAGAGAAAGAGAGAGAGAGGGAGGGAGAGAAAGAGAGAAAGAGAGAGAUCGUUCUUCCAGUCGUUCCGCGACCUGGACAAUUCGCGACUGUCAACCGAAAUUGGCGCAGAUCGCUGGACCGUCAGAGCUCCAGCGGUCGGGAAGCGUUGAUUCCUCCGGCGGGCCAUCCCGAGAAGGCCCGAUAAUCCCGCCAUGAGGCGUCAAAUGCCGCGCACUCUGUGAUAAGAAGGCGGUCCGCGCGAAACGGAGAAGCUGGCAUCGGCGUGGCGGUGGCGACGACGGCGGCGGUGACGACGGCGGGUGACGGCGGGACGGAGGAUCGAUGGAUCUGUAAUGCGUGCAAAGUGCGAUCGACGUGCACGACGACGACGACGACGACACGGAUACCCAGAUACCGCAGAUCGGGUCGCGGACGGCGGUGGGUGGAGGCGCGGAGAGGAGGCCGGGGAUCGGGCGGCGAGGCGGAAUAGGGGCGAAUGAGUACUUUUCGAGGUUAUCUCUCGGGGGGGAGCGCACGUCGGGACGGACACUCGACGAUAUUAACGAUCACGACGACGUCGACGUGAUCUCGCGGUAUAUCCGUGGAUGCCAACACGCGGCUCGCUGGUGUGGCCGAGUGAGUGGAGAGCGCAGGGGGCGACCAGGGGUCGAGUGGCAAAGUGAGCAGGUCCGACGACGAAGAGGCGAACGGAAGGCGCAGCGUGUGUGUCGCCGUUGCGCCGAGGAAGCGGCAGCGCGGAGAGGACGCGCGGUGGCUAUUGCUAUUUUCGAGCCCGCCAAAUAUCUCGCUUACGCGCUACAACUGCGUCGAGCCGCUGUGUUCUCUCGCUCCUCUUCCGCCGUCCCGUUCCACCUCUCUUUCUCGCUACCGGAACGAGUGUUCCCCUCUCGAGGCGGCGGCGGCGGCGAUUCUGCACCGACGACCGCGACGACGAGUCAGCCGACGAGUCAGUUGGACAAUCACCUUCGAGACGCGUGACAGAUUGACCGUCCGAAUGUGAGCCUCGCGGGUGGCCAGCGAAUUCCUCCUACGAGGAGGUAUCCAGGCUAGUGGAAUUCGCGAGGGCGCGAAGGGCGGAAACAGGAAGAAGGUGGGCGAGCAACAAGAAGCGGCAGAACAUUGUGUCGCGAGCCUCGAAUCAAGUUGAAGUCGCAGAAAUCGGCAUAAUGGCGGGCGAGGAUACGCAGAUCUUGUCGAAUGGUAACGUCGAGGCGCUCACGAUCAUUCCGCCAAAAAUGGCGAACGGAAACGGGCUGAUCUGCGGCAAGCAGCACAACAACAAUGGCUCCAUACCGAACGGGAACCUUCACGGGAUCGGCGGCACGGAGAACGGCAAGCUGAUCGUGCCGGAUGAGAAGUCGAGCAGUCUGCACACGGAGUUCGACGACGCCGACGUGUCCUGCGGAUGGGGCCCGUGCAGGCCCCACUGGCUGCAGUACUUCGCCACGAAACAGGCCUUCCUGGUGACCUUCUGCAUCACCUGGGUGCUUCAGGGCAUGUACUACACGUACUUCGUGUCCGUCAUCACGACAAUAGAGAAGCUCUUCCAAAUCCAGUCGAAGACGACGGGUAUCAUCAUGUCGGCCACGGAGAUCGGCCAGAUCGGGUCCUCCCUGUUGCUGACGUACUACGGCGGCCAAGGUCACCGGCCCAAAUGGAUAGCCUGGGGCAUGAUCCUCUUCGCCGUGAGCUCGUUCACCUGCUCGAUACCCCAUUUUAUUUUCGGCGAUCAGCUGAUUCACCAGAACGAAAUGCUGUUCAGCGGCGUCGGGCCUGGCGGUGAAGGCGGCGGACCCAACAAUACCGACCCGAUACCGGCGAACCUCUGCAAGUUCCAGGAAAGGUUGGAGAACAGCACGUUGGACGGGUGGAUUCCGGGGACGAUCGCGCCGCAAACCGACUCAACGGAGUACUGCGAGGGCGAUUUCCUCACGGAGCAGAGGAUACAGGGCAAGAUCACCACAGUGGUGCUCGCGAUAUUUUUCGUGUCGCUGCUCGGCGUAGGGAUGGGACAAACGGCGGUGUACACCCUCGGUAUACCGUACAUCGAUGAUAACGUAGCCAGCAGAGAGAGUCCCUUGUAUUUUGCGAUCACUAUCGGAGUGCGGAUUCUUGGUCCGGCGCUGGGAUUCAUCCUGGGUUCUGUGUGUACCAUGCUGUACGCGAACUUGUCCGUGAAUCCGCAGAUCACGCCGACAGAUCCUCGAUGGGUCGGCGCUUGGUGGCUCGGUCUGGUGCUAAUAUCGGCGAUGCUGAUGCUGGUCAGUAUAGGAAUGUUCGCUUUCCCGACGCGGUUGCCCAAGAGCAGAACACCGCCGAGACGAGCGGACGCUCCAAAGCCUAGUCUCCGAGACUUUCCUAAUGCGGUGAAGAGGCUACUGAAGAACGACAUCCUCAUGUUCAGGACAGCCAGCAGCGUGCUGCACAUCCUGCCGAUCGCCGGUCUCUACACCUUCCUGCCAAAGUACCUCGAGAGCCAAUUUCGCCUGGCAGCUCAUCAUGCGAACAUGAUCUCAGGUGUCGGUGGUAUUUUAGUGAUGGGAUUGGGUAUCAUAAUUAGCGGAGUAUUUAUCUUGAGGGUGAAGCCUAACGCCAGGUUCGUCGCAGCCUGGAUCGCCUUCACUGCGGUCGCUUACGCGAUCGGCAUGGGCGUGCUGAUGUUCAUCGGCUGCCCGAUGGACGAUUUCGCCGGGCUGGUGUCACAUUCCGACGGAAUAUCCAGCUUCGAGCCGACCUGCGAGACCACUUGCGACUGCGAUCGGAACAAAUUCAGUCCAAUCUGCGGCGCCGACGGCAGAACGUAUUUCUCCGCGUGUCACGCGGGCUGCUCGAAUUAUACGGUUGUUGACGGCAAAGUAGCAUCGUUUUAUAACUGUCAGUGCAUCGGACAGAACAUAACGAUACCAGAAGAAGUGAGCACGGCGAAGAUAGGUUACUGCGAGCUGGAGUGCAGUAACUUUUGGGUUUAUAUGAUCCUGUUCUCGGUCUUCGUUUUUAUCCACUCGACCAGCGAGGUGGGCUCUAUGUUGCUCAUCCUGCGAUGCGUGGAUCCCAGGGACAAGGCCAUGGCGCUCGGCCUGAUACAAUUUGCCAUCGGCUUGUUCGGCAAUGUUCCCUGUCCUAUUGUUUAUGGUGCUGUAGUGGAUUCCGCUUGUCUCGUAUGGGAAUAUGCUUGCGGCGAGCGAGGCGCCUGCUGGCUGUACGAUUCGAACGUCUUCAGGAUGUUCUAUCACGGCACGACCGGCGGUAUCCUCGUGUUGGCCUUUGUGGUAGACAUAGUCGUCUGGUACAAGGCCGGGAGCAUAAGCUUCGUGGAGGAGCAGGAGGGUGAGGAAGGCACAGCGGAGGAAAUGGCGACGUUAAAGUCGCAGGACGCUCAGGCGGUCGAGAACGAUUAUUUGUGAAGGUUUCGCGUUACUCCUUGCGGUGAGCACGGGUGGCGGCCCGGCGUUCGUGGCGGCGGCGGCGACGUAGCCGUCACGAGGACGCAGGACACAGGGCGCGGAGCAAUGUCGUAGGAUACACGGGGCGUCGUCCAUCGCGACACCAAGUGCCAGUAGCUCGUUGCCGUGCUACGUGGACGCGGCGAAGGAGCGACUUGUCGGGAUUCCGCGUCAGGACCGGCGGCAUCGACAGAAGUCUAGUCUCUCGUCGACGACAGGCGACGUCUCUCAGGACGAUCGACGCUCGUGCGAAUCGUUUCUCUUCUCGUUUCCGAUGUUCCACGCGCGCGUCACCUAGUUCAAGGGAUAAGGAAGCGGAUGCGACAAAAGGAGCAGCAACUGCGAGAUGCGUAAAUCGUAGAAAGAAGAAAGAAAGAGGAAGGAGGAGCAGGAAGGAGGACGAGUGAGCGGUCGAACGCGCCCGGAAUAACGAAGAGGCUUCGGGAAACAAUCGCGCGAGGACCGGAUGAGGUGGAAGGACGACUCGAGAGACCUUUGGUGGAAACUCGGCCGCGACGGUCAGGCAAGAAGCAUCCGCGAGAUCGAGCCUUCGCGUUGCGACCACGCAUUACGUUCACAUAGAAGGCGACGUCUCGAUCGUUACUCGCAUCGCGCGGUACUCUCGCGAGUCUCGGCAAUGUCGGGAGAGAUGAAGGAGGAGGAGCAAUCGUCGGUCAGCUCGCCGGGGUCUCCAGGCGCACCGAAAGAUCGUCGAGCUGUGGUGGCUUGAGGGGGUUGGGACGAAAGGAAGUCGCGUGCAAUAAGGACAAACGAAGAUACAAAGCGGACAUGCUUUGGAGAGGCGCGAGGAUCUUGCCUGAGCAUCGCAAUGUGAUAUGAGUCUCUCGAGUGCGCCUCGGCAAGUUAGGGUUUCUCUCUCAGGGAGACUGUCAGUUAGAGUACACGCAAUAAAAAGUAAUACUUCCGUGCCUACGAAAGACGGUGCUCGCGGCGAGCACGCGGUCGGUUGGUCGGUCGGUCGGUCGGUCGGGUCCGCGGACCCGGGGAGUCGAGUCGAAACGAAUCGAAUCAAACGACGUGCGCGAGAGAGCCUCGCGGGUGGCGAUGAAUGCGGCCCGGCGAGUGCGGGACAGUGAGAGAUUGAAUGCAUAUGUGCGAUGCGCUGCGCCGGUGUGUUGAUUAGUACUCCGGACGGCGGGAACGCCGUCGCGAGCGCACGCGUUAUCUAACCCUCUAACGGUAACGCUCGUUCGCCUGCCGCGAUGUAAAAGGAAACGCGAGGCGCUACGCCACGUACCCUCUAUGAGAGGCCGGAGGUAUCGUUCUUUAGACUUCUUUUUUCCUCCUCUUCGAACGGUAUCUGUAUUUUUGGCGGGUGUGAAUUGAGAUCGAUGCCGAGAAGCGUCAAAGGAGGACGCGACAACCGGACUCUGCGGUAUUUACUCAUUUGCAAUGGAAGGGUACACAUUUUGCCUGACUAUAUUGGAUUCUUCAAGAUUGCUUAUUCAAGAUGGAAUUGCAAGAAUCAUGUCAUUCUUGAUCCGCUUUAUCACAUUUGAUUCGAUUUAAUGAACAGAACAAAGAAUCAUUGAUUUUUUAAGUCUCCUAAUGAUGCAGAUGAGUUAAAAGGAUAUAUCAUUGUUGAAUUUUAAUGACAAAAGUGUGUAACUUUCGAAAGACAAGAGUCGUGAAACAUUUUUCGACUAUGCAAAUUAAAUAAUUUUGUGAAAAAUUGUAAAGAUCCUCAAGAGAAGAUCGCUGUUAUUCCGGCCGGACUCGCGCGUUUCAAUUCGGACGAACGGGUGUUCCUCGGUAGUGCGUAUGCGUCUCGCGUUUCCUUCCCGAGGGCAAGACGCGCGUUAUUCAACGGUGUGUGCAUUAGCGAGAUCAUCUCCAAAAACGCGCAGGAGAAGGAGAAGGAGGAGCAGGAGAGCCGAGGGAGGAAACUGCCGAUCAUUCCAUUCGAUCAGACGUUGCGAUAGGAACCUUUUUCCUCGCAGUUGGAGCGCGCAAAGGGAAGGAAGGCAAAGUGCGCAUAAUUACGCACGUGUAAAAAGUGUAUACUCGCUUAUAUAGCUGCGUAUGUACAGUUAAAAAGGAAAAAUGGAAGACAGGAAUCAUGUCGAUUCUGGUCAGUCGGUUCUCGAGUCGUCGCUCGCUCGCACGGACGUACGUCUUCGAAUUUUCGGAACGCGCUCGCGUGCGCGCCUCUUCCUUCGAUCCUCGCGUGUGCGUUCGACCGAUGUCCUACUAAACAAACCGCGCGUGGGCAGAAGUUAGUCGCGAGAGCGUCGCAGAGACGAAGCACCGUGAACGAUUUGGAUGUCAGAGCCGUGAAGAACAUGAGUCUGUUGGAUGGAGAACAAACGCGGAAAGAAAUUCGACGAUUACAUUGUGUUGUAAAAUCCUAUUUUUGUUCAGUUUCUCUAUUUGAAUUUAGACCCGUAUUUUAAUAAUUGUUACUUGAAUUCAGAGUGAAAUGUGAGUUUAUACUUGAAUUGAAAUUGCAGAUGCAAUGUCAGAUGUAUAUCAUAUGAUUCGACUGAAGAAUUCAAACGUAACUCUAAAUUGAAAUCCAAGUAUCUCACACGAGACAACUGUUAAAACGAGUCUUAUAAUUGGAAAUCUAAGUUUUCCAAUUGAAUCGCAUAAAUUAUUUUGUGUCUACCGUUGUAGUUCAACUGAAAAACUCGCACCCAACGCUAAGCUCAAAUUUGAAUAUCUAACAUGCGACAAAUCUCGAGUAACGACUGUUAAUACGGGUUAUAAACGGUCAGAGCGAGUAGCUCGCGUCAAUUUGUUCGUCGUGGACGAACAUCCGGACGAUUCUCCUCCUAAUCAUGUCUCACGUCUGCGUUGUUCCCGGCGCUUCGAGUGCGAACUCAUGCUUACUUAACGAAUGGCAUCGACCGAUCAGGGACUACGAGGCGCGACGUAACUGCGCUGAGAAUCGACUAUCGGAAUUCAGAAACGUCGUAGCGGUAAGAUAACAUACACACAUAUUGUUAAGUCUAAAUAUGCUAAGGAUUAACGCAGCAACGACUACCUCCCAGCAUACGUCUCGUCGUUGUCGGGACAGGAGGGGCGCCGUCGCUUUCAGCUCGAGGAUAUGCCGCGAGAUGAAGCCGAGUCCAGCUCGAGUCCGACGGGCUGGAGCUUUCGCAAUUCAUUGUAAUUGCAAGUUCGCGACGCGGCCUACUGUCCCGACGAUGACAAUCGCGGCGUACGGACGAGAUUCGAGUAUGCUCCAUAAAUUAGCGAUACAUAUAUUUUUCUGUGUGUAAGUAUUCUCGCGUAUUUUUCUCUCUGUCGCGGGACGCGAGCUUCAGCGCGAGGACGUUCUUCGUGCUGAGCGCCUCGACGAAGGGGACAACAUCCCCGUUUCCCACAACGACGGCGGCCGCUCGAUUCGCGCUGUCCAACGGCUCCAUCAACGCCGUCGUUUCAACGAGAUUUUACAGUUGGAGUCAAUCUCUUCUUUUAAGGGCCAUUCUACAAUUGCGUCACGCAAGAUUUGAGUAUUUUGUAUCCUCUCCCUCCCCUUUUGUCACAAAGGUUGAGUCCAAUAUUACGUGAUGUAUGACAUUACUUUCUCUCUCUACAUAGGAUAAGAAAAAAUAAUUUACUUUUCUCCUUCAAUUUAUAUUAGCCAGUUAUAUUCCAGAAAAGAUAGAAAGUCUUGAUUAAAAGAAAUCAAGACGAAUCAAAUAACACAAUGGAGAAAAGUUAUAUCCUAUUUUUAAUACGUUUAAGGAAUUGUAAAAGGUUCGCAAACGUCGUCACGUUGUCGCUGAAAGCGAUAAUGUUUACCGACAAAUUUGCGUCAGAAAAAAAAUUUAUUGUAUUGCAAGUAUAAUAAUACUAGAUUAUGCUAUUAUCUUUUUUAAAAUUACGAAUAAUUUUUAAGUAUAUCAAAUUAAUUACUUUAUUUUAUUUUAAUAUUAAUUAAUGAAAAUUAUGUUUCCAAAAAAAAAAAAAAAACAAUUAUAUUUCCAAAAAAAAUGUCGAAAUUAAAAUUUUUACUAUUAUAUAUUAACGCACAAAGUUAAAUUACUUUUGUAGAAUAUAUUUUUAAAUAUAAAAACAUUUAGAUACAAAAUGCGUGUGGCGUUCCAUGAGCUUUACUUUCUCUCUCCCCCCUCUCUUGUGAUGUGACGUAAUUAUUGAAAGGCUCUUAUCAUAUUUUUUAAAUUCUGGAUCCUGUGCAUUUCAAUUUGUAUCAUUUCGCGUCUUGGACAACGACGGCGAGUCGACGGCGUAAAUCGAGAUGCACCAUGGUAUACGAAUCGCGUUUGUUUCGCUCCGUUUUUCACGCGUCACAUGUUCGACACACACACAUACAUUUACACACCGUUCUCGCAUUCGGAAUUCUUUUUCGGAUCUUGGGUGUCCCUCUCUUUUAUAGGCACUACCGUCCGUGUAUUACAUCUGCGCGUAGAGUACUACAAUGAUACACACUAUAAAUAUAUACAUAUAGGCAUUACAUGUAGAUACCUAUGAUUAAUAACGCGUAUUCGUCUUGAGAAUAAAACGCGCGUGUAUAUCGCGCGAUGAACGGGGUAGGUGGACGGAUAGAGAAAGAAAGAGAAUAUUCGGCGAUUUCGCAAGAAACGCGCGAAAGAACGAAAUGAGAGGAAGAAGGGACAACAGAGAAAGAGAGAGAGAAGCGAAGACGAAGAUACAUACGACAUAUUUUUAGACGAUUUGACGCGAGGGGAAGUAAUGUAAAAGCAAAAGUAAUGUUAAUUACGAAUACGAUUAUGAUUAUCAUGAUUAUUAUAACGAUUGUCGCGCGGGUGUCUAGAGGCGGCAAGGAACCGGAGGAAGCGAAUGCAUACAAAAGGAGGAAGAAGGAAAAACGAAGAAUUAUUGAGAGAGAGAAGCUGUAUUUUAAUAUGGUACACUUUACACGUGGAACACGCGCUCGUCGAUGUCUGAACCGUUUCGCCUGUGUGUGCUUUCUAGUGCUUCGCGCGUUUUGAUGUCCUCUCCUUCGGCAACGGAGAGGAAAGGAGCAGGAGACGGAUGAACAGGACGUCUCGUGUAGCAUGCGUGUCCGUCUUACGUGUCCGCGUAGAAAAUCACCCGCGAAAUAAUCGAAAAGCGACAGAAGAAGAAAAUCGAGCGAGAGAGGCAAAGAGAAGAUAAAUGAAGAGAAGAAAACGGUGGACUGAGUUGCGUCUUUGGGAUACGUUUCGGCCGAUAUUUAUGAGCACUUGGAACAUUAUCCGAUUUGCGCGUGUUCGCGAUCAUCUCUCUGGGGAGCAGAAAGGGAGCUGAAAGGUGUCCUCUUCAAGUGAAUCAGUCAAAAUAUUGCUGAUUGGAUCAGUGGAAGGACUAUCCACCGAUAAUCAAUGAGUAUUUAUUGAAAUUUUCAGUGAAGACACUUUCACACUGCUCUGUCUUAUGUCUCACUAAUCUUGAUUAAUGGAACUAAAUUUUUUGCUGCAAAAUCUGUAGUAAAUCUAUAAAAUCUGUACGAGUGCCAUGCGUGCAAAAACACUGCUUACGUUUGCAAAAUGCAGCAGUAAUGGGAAUAGUCGCUACUCUCGAAAUUUCUCGAAGUGAAAUUUCACUCGAGAAGUGAAGUGACAGCUAAGUCACUCAAAAUCGAGUGAUUGUUCACUCCCGUAGAGUGAAUUUUCCACUCUGAAUCGUCGAAUGAAUGCUUUCACUCGAAAUUGAAGAAUAAAUCUGAUGUAUUCCAUCAUCAGAAGAACGUUUACUGUAAUCGACUGAAACUGGAGUUAGAAUCCACUCUAAUCUUCAGUGAAACAUUCACUUCUGCAGUUUCGAGUGACAGUGUGUGUUUCCCUGUCGCUUUGAGCGACGAUACUGUCACUUCUUACUCGUUUUAAGCAUGAUUUUGAUCCGAGAAAUUUAACGAGCACUAUUAACUGAUCCUUUUAGCGAGAUUUUACCGAUUGCAAUGCUGUACUCUUACAACUGAAUCGUCAGUUAUCAGGAUGACAGUUCAAUGAAGAAUACACUGAUUGUACUUUAGAGAGUCCCGAGGGAAACGGGGAGCACGCACGAACUGUCGCUGCGCACUUUCCGAAGAUCGUUCAAGUCGAUUGGAACGACUUCCCGUUCCAAUCGACUUCGCACACAGAGGGAAUGCAUCUUUCCGGACCUCUCCGGGCAAUUGUUCGCGCGUGUCUCCCUUUUUCCCGCGGACACGCACGGUCGGCUUUCCGGUUCGAUCGAGCUCGUCGAGGUUGACUCGCUCGGGCGCGUGUGUUACGAUGCGAAAGAGAGACAAAGAGAAAGACAGAGAGAGAGAGAGAGAGAGAGAGAGGAACGGGAAAUAUAUUUUUGGAGAAUUUUAUGUUUCAACGGUCACGUGCACUUCUUCUCCAUUGAUCCCGAGAACCGGAGCGCCGACUGUGCGAAGACGCCCGGCGCCUUCUUUCCCUGCUCGACUCCCGAGGGGGAUGAAGACGAGAGGAAGACGAGAGUCAACAUGUAAUUCAACGCGUAAUAUCUCCUGCCUGAAUAAGGCAUGUCAAGCGAUCACUCUCGACUAAUGUUUUUCUCGCUAAAAAUUUACUCUUGCAGGACAAAAUUCUAAUGCAUCGUUUGAAACUCGAGCGCAAGUCGACCGAAUGCGCGCGUGUGUGCGCACGAAAACGGGCGACAACUGCAUAAAGCGCGAAGAGAAAUGCACCUUGCCGAUGCGAACUGCGGAUCGAACGACAAAGAGGUGACGGCGCACUUGAAAUCGAAGCAACCAACGUCCUCGCGUGAUAUAGUCGCUAGGAAUCCAGAAAGAACCGAUGUCUCACACGAAAAAGGAAAACAAUCCCAGUUUGUGCAAUUGAACAGGGACCAGACGGGAAAUAAUAUCUUUCUUACUAAAAACAUUUGUCUACACUAAAAUUUUCUUAAUAUAACUGAGAAUAAUUGGCUGAGUGGAAACCUUCUAUAGGAAUCUUUCUAUUCUCAACCGGAUUUGUAUCUGGUCCUCCAGUCCCCAACAGAAAAUUCAGUUACACUAAAGCAGUUGUGUUUUAUCCAUGCACGGAAAGAACAGCUUCAGUUCGAGUAACUGAACAAGGACUGUGACCGAAAGUACGUUCAUCUGAAUAUUCAACCUGCAUUAAAAGUCGGUUGAGAUAACUGAAAUCACUUGGCUGAUGAGCAGAAAUCUUUCUGUUUUUCCAAGCUGAGUUUUUCAUCCGGUCCCUGAUUAAUUUUCCCGUGCAAGAUUGAACGUGCGCACUUGAGCGACGCGAUGUUGGUUGUUCUCAUCUCGCUAUGGAUAUAUAAUUAAAAAAAAAAGAGAGAAAAAAGCAAGCGCAUCCUGCGUGAGCGGAUGAUCAUUCGUCGGGCACGCGGUCGAGAAGGGGUGCGUGUACGAGUGAACGCCGACGCCGUACCCGACCGAGAAUCGUAUUUUUGUAUCUGCGGAUGAAAACAUAAAAAGCUAUAUAUAUUUUAAACGACACACAGUGCGGAGUAUAAUGUGGCGCGCGACACGGCGGUCAUGUCCGAUCUGUCGGUAUCCGCGAGCUGAGACGUACGUGUAAAAUUCAAAUAUAUAUAUAUAUAUAUAUAUAUAUAUAUAUAUAUAUAUAUAUAUAUAUAAAGUAUACACACACACACACACACAUACACAGACACACACAGCCAUAUAUAUAAAUAUAUAUAAGAGGUAUGUCAAACGCAAAUAAGCUCACGGGGCCGAGUGUAUUACGAGUAGCACUUCGCCGACGCCCGUAAUCGAAGCUUUCUCGAUGAUCAAAAACAGUUUGUUGAGGAGAUAAAAAAGAAAAUAGAAGAAAAACGUUAAAACGACGUCGCGCUAAUUAAAGUAACUCGCGUAAAAAAAAAAUAAAACGUAGGUGAUUACUGUUCUCUGUGUGUGCACCCUUAAUCGCGUAGAAAACGUAACGAGACUCAUCGCCGAUCGCUCGCAAAUAUUUUUCGAAUUAUCGUGAUGGUAGAAUCGUGCUAUACAAUCUCUGAGUGGGCGUGUAUAGGUGUGUGCAUAUGCGCACGUGUAUGUGUGUGUGUUGAAUGAACGACGAGAGCCGUGUGUACAAAUUACAAAUUCGCGCGAUUCCCCAUCUGAUGCCCAUGCCCGUCGGUCGUGAUUUCUUUCACUCAAGAAAUAUCAUCUCAUCCUUAGUAGGAUUUUCUUUCUAUGGCCUCGAGAGGAUUCCUCCAAGACCAAAGGAAGAUGUUCCGAACACAAUAUUUUUAAAACUAGAGAAGAAUUUCGUCUUUUAUCUGACAAUGCAGUGUACAAGUCUCACUUUAUGUCUUUCAUGCAUGGAGAAAAUGUAAAAAAAUUGCAACAAAAUUUUCAUAAUCUCGGAUCAUACAAAAUAAAGGCCGAAAUUACCGUAUAUUAGUUUAAAAAUAUUACACACGCUCGAAUUUUUACUGCAAAAUUAUUGUGAUUACUUGAAUGUUUUUUUUUUUUGUAUUAUAUAUCAGGUAGAUCGUUAAAUUUUUUCUGUUUUUAUAGUAAUUUAUACGACAAUUUCAAUAUAGUUCAGCUUUACAAGAAAGGUUGAAAGUAAAAGUAUGAUUUGAACGUAAUUUUUACAAUGUUUUCUAUACAUUUUCACUAUAAUAAUUUCUGCAAAUUUUCUGACUUUCUGUAAAUAUUCCCGCUUCGAUCUCGGGGUUGUAGGAAAUAGCAUUUUGCAAAUAGAGUUCUCUUCAUUGAAAUAUCUCCAUUUUGGUUUUAGAAAAAUUUUCUGUUGAGACCAUGUAUAAGGAAAUUCUGCUAAGAAUGGGAUUAUAUUCUUUUGAAUGUCCGGCAUCCAAAUAAUGAUUCUGUUGCCGCUCGCCGAACAGCGACAACAACCUGCUCACUGUACAGAUCUCCCUCUUCUAUGACGAAAAUAUGGGGGGAACUCAAACACGUAUGCGUACGAGUGGACAUUUUCGUUGCGAACUUUUGCACAUUUGCAUCAUAGAAGCAAAUCGAAGUUAGAUCGAGUUUUUACCCUAAAAGUCGUGUUUUUAUCCGUUUUACUACAUUUGACGUCAAUUAAAGAUAUAAUUUGAUCUAAGUAGAUGAAAAAUCUAAGUCGAUUUGAAUAAAAAAGAUUUAAUAAUAUUUUUUAGAUCUAAUGAUACAAUUGUAUACGGAGAAAAUAUUGUAGUAAAAAUUACAACAAGAUUUCUAUAAUCUUGGACCAUACAGAAUUGUGAUCGAAAUUACUAUAUAUUUACUUAAAAAUAUCGUACAUGUUUGACUUUUUAUCACAAAAUUACUGUAAUUUAAUGUUUUUUGUAUCAUAUGUUAUAUCGUCGAAUUUACUAUUUCUGUAAUAAUGUUUCUGUAAUUCACACAACACACACACACACAUUGCAAUCGCAGUAUAUAGUUCGAUUUUACAAGAACAAAACACUGUAAAAGAAAAUCUAAUUUUAACUUAAUUUUUGCCACAAUAUUUUCUCCGUGUGACUUACACAUUGAUUGCCAAAAUACGCUAAUUUCGAAAUGGCGUCGGGAAUGAAGAACUCCCUGAUAUCAUUACGGCAGUGAACAUGCGAACUUCUUAUUUUUAGAAAAUUCUUUUAUGUGUCCAACCUUUCUCCUUCACGGUUCGAUGAAAUUGAAGCAGUCCCGCGUGACAGAGUGUUUACGUUUAUAUUCCAUGGAAUACUCGCGCGUUCUCUCGUGAUUCCCGUGUCACGUGAGUUACUCUCCUCCACUCGUACGAUCAUCGAUUGAUUCACUUGCGUGGUCGCAAAAUAAAAAGGAAAUGCGCGAAUGAGAGAGAGAGAGAGAGAGAGAGAGAGAGAGAGAGAGAGAGAGAGAGAGAGAUUGCUUUCGCGCGACGCGAGAUGCAAUUUUUCCCGCGAGAUUCUGUGCUCUCGGUGUCUCACGCAUUGCAUAUACGAUACACCUGUAAAUAUAGACAAGUACAAUAAUUGCCAAAACAACCGGGGCCCCGGAGAGGAGUCCUCGGGUCUUCUGUAGCUGUCUCUGAGCGCCGCCACGCGAUCCGGCGACAAGUAAUCCGCGAUCGAUCACGCCCUACCGUCUGUCUGGCCUUCGUCGUGUGCACGCGUCGAAUUUCGCGUCGAUCUCCCGUGAAGAUCGGUUUAUCGAUCGCCGUCGGAUAUCCUGGAGCGAAUUAUUUGUCGGGCCGGCCGCGUCUUACGAGCGUGAAACCGCGACGACGUGCGCACCCCUCACAAACGCCGAGACUGUCUCGAAACUGCCGAUCAACUCGAGGGAUGUCGUUCCCCUCUCGAAGAUGAUGUACUCAGAAACUGCCUGUCGACACACUGCCGUACGCGCGACCUCAUGUUCGCGUGUCUCGCAAGAAGUGCGAUUCUACGUCGCGCUGCAUUCCCGUCGUCGCGUUUAAGCACACUUCGUUCUUGACAAUGAUAAUUCUUUUCGUUAUCAUUGAGAAGCGAAACCCGUCGCACCUCCGUCGCGAUACUCUUUUUAUAUAUUUUUACACUCUUCCGCGCGAAAUCUCGACCUCGUCUCGAUCGUCAUCAACGAGAGAAACACUUUUCUCCAAGACUGGACGCGUUUCCGUGCAAAUUAUGAUGCUCCGCGUCCACGUGUGUAGACAACUUAAACUGUUUACGAGAUGUCGUCUAUGGAUGCCGUUUAAAGAACGUACGGCUUUGCUCAGAAAAUAAUUAAGAACAAUUUAUAUUGUUAUUGAAUCUUUGGGGUCUUGAUGACUAUUUAUGAACGUUGUUUCCCAAACAAGUCAGAGUCCACAGAAUUCCCUGGUGGCAUUCUUUAGAGUUAAAUAUACACUGAGAGAAAAUAUCUAAAAGAAAAAUAUCUAAAAGAUGAACAAAUUUACAUAGUGUUGGGCACUAAUAACAUAUAUAUUUAAAUUUCAUUUCUACGUUUAAAUAGAGUAAACACAUUCCUUUCAUGAAAAGCAGCGCGGUUUAAAGGAAAUAUGUAUUUUUCUAUUUGUGAAAGAAAUUUUCUCGAUGUAAAAGUAUGUACAUCGGUACGAGUAAAUAUAUUAUUAGUUCCCAUUGUGUGUGCGAAUAAAUAUCUCUUAUAUUUCAAACAUUUUUUCUCUCAUAGUGUACCAAUCUGCCACAUAAAGAAAUGAAAAUCUCAUACAGUUUAUUCUUUUUUAAACAUCUUUGUUGUCUUUCUAAAACUUUUUUAAACAUUUAUAAUUGACACACAUAACAACUGCCUCAUAAUUUAGUAAUCUUUCUGAAUAUUUUUAUAUAAUUUAUAAUAUUCCAUAGUUUACAUGAAAAAAGAACACAUUUUUAUAUACUGCGAAAAAAGAAAGAUAAAUACUAAAUAUAACUAUAAAAAUAUAUAUAUACAUAAAUAUAACUAUAACAAAGAUAUUUAAAAAUUUAUUUGUGAGAUAUAAAGUUCAUUCACAGAAAUAUACUUCACGUUUUACAAAAAUAAACUUCAUAUCCCAUAAAUAAAUGUUCGACUAUUUUUAGUUUGACGUACAUCACGUAGACACACAAUACGCAAACGAUCCAUAGACGUAAUCUUGAGAUGUACAACACCCGACACCUUGCUUACCUCGUUGUUUCUUACUGCCCUUCGCGAAAUGCAAUUUCGCACGCAUCCAAGUACCUCCCCGAUCCGCACGUCGCACAUCGAUCGUCGCGGUUUCACGAAGCUCACACGGCGGCGACCCCGCGCGCAACGUUUUCUCUUUUCUUCAUCCCGGUGCGCUCUAACUUAAAAAGAUCAUCGGUGAAAAAAAAUCACACAAAAUACCGUAAUACUAUAUUUUAGUAAAGGAAUUUAUCGAUAACAUAGGUUAAAUGAGAAAUAAAUAAAUAAUUAAUUAAGAGACGCUGAGCCGCGCGCGGCUCUCCCGCGAUUUUACCUAAUUACAGCGUAGAGAACCCUUCGUGGGAAUCGUAAUUGCUAGUCUUUAAUUUCGUGACGUGCGCGCGUACACUCCCGUCCAGUUGCCGACGCGAAUGUACGCGCUCAUAUUGGCAACGAGGGACGAGUGUGCGAGUGAACAAAGAAUCAUGCGGAAGACGGAAUGUACAAUGAGUGUGAACUGUAAAUUGCCAUUCUUCAAUUGCGAUUAUUAUUGAUCAUUGCUAUAUUACUAUUACUAUUAUAUUAUUGUCAUCAUUUUAUCAACGUAUUGAUAUUAUUAUUAUUAUCAUUAUUAUUAUUAUUAUUAUUAUUAUUACAACUAUUUUAAACUAUUAACUACGAAAUUGAAAUCUACUUUAACGAUAGUAAUUAUUAUUAGUUAUUGGUUUAUAUCGCUAACGCGUCUAUUAUACGUAACGGCAAAUUGUAACGGUAAAUAUAAUUGCGGUUUUGAUUUUUAUACAUAAUAUUUUAUAUAUACAUUUUACAAAAGAAAAAAAAGAUUAAGGUGGGAAACGAUCGAUUACUCUUUAGGAGACGUAAGUGUAUUUUGAUAUAGAGCAUGUAUGCCAUAUUGUGUGUGUAAGUGUGGUAACGAGUAAAAAUUCCGCAUGGGCCCGCCCCGGCUGCGCGAGAGAUCGGUGUUGCGGGCCGCGGAGAGGCGAAUUUAAUUUUGCGAGUCUCGCGUUCAGCGGGCGGUUCGUUCGUUCGUUCGUUCGUUUAUUCAUUCAUUUGUUUCUUCUCCCGAAUAUGUUCUCGGCCACGAACGUCGCACAGCAAGAACUUGUAUUAGAAUGGACAGUAUUUUCUCACGGGAAUUGCUCACGACGGAGCGGCGGAUUCUGGUCGAACAUCGAAAAUCGAACGGGCGAAUUUCGAGAAUUGCGACUGUUCGAAGUAAAUAUAAAUAUGUAGAGAGAGAGAGAGAGAGAGAGAGAGAGAGAGAGAGAGAGAGAGAGAGAUUUAGACGCAGAGUUCGUACACGGAAAAAAAGAGUUACUGUCGCAACUGAAAUCCUCGUUAGCCUAGCAAGUCUAUAGCCGUAAUAUAUGAGCCGCCAGUUUGCUACGUUGCGGUAAUUAAAUCGUAAAACCACAUAGAGUUGUGGUUAUACCUAAUAAAGUUUCAUGUUGCAGCACGGCAGAUUUGUUAGUACAGCGAAAACGAUUCUCUAUUACACAAGCUGAAAAAUACAACUCGAUAGGUGCAACUAAUCUUUCCGCUGUUGUAUCAAAGCAAACGUGGUACAUUAACGCGCGGGUUUCGUCAUAGCUAAAUAAUUAGUCGCUCCAGCAACAGAAGUUAGUCACAGCUCUACAAUAUUUACCGUGCGACCAUUGUCCAAAUAGUACAAUGAGACAUUAUAAAAAUCUAAAUUUAUAUCAAUAUAUUAUAUCGCAGAGAUACAUACAGUUGUUAAUAUAAGAUGGAAAAUUUAAAUUGCACAUAACUACACAUCUCUCUCAUUAGGAACAUUCGCGCAUUCAGUCUUAAUGAGAGUGCACCUCUCUUCGUAAAACGAACAAAAAUAGUUUCUUCAUCAGCUAUCGAAUAAGUGCCUGAUUUGUUUGGUGGAAUUGAUGAAUUUGUUUCGCAAACUUUCUCAAUCGGCUCGAAAUAUACGAAGUGACUUUUGUUGCAGUAAUUAAGAUAACAUCAACAAAAGUGGGCCACGAA